ACUUUUCGCCCCCACCUGUACAGUUUGCGUAUACAAUCGGAAUGAGUUUCGCACGAUGCCGCUCUUUCAUCGAUUCUAAGCUUUGAUUGCCAACAGUUUUUCAGAAUGGCUGCCUUCUCACACGUACUCUUUACAUGCAAAAUUGCGUCACGUUUCUUAGCUACUAUGAAACACCACCCAUUGCGGCCGUGCAGUUUAUAAACUCUUUUAUAUACCAUUCCUGCGUCUCCCUUCAUUGCCUUGAACAUUCAUUACAUACAUUAGAUUGUAUCUGUUUUGGUAAGAGAUGUCUCAACCUCACCUCGUCACAAUCGACUUCUUGGGAAUUGGAAGUGAUGAAACUGCUAAGGAGAAUACAACUUCUGCCAUGGAUUCUCAACCACAACUUAUGAAGAGGCAAGCAAUGCAAUCAUGCCUGAGAAAGAUUAAACCACACAUGGUGCGACAAGUACUCUCUCAUUGCGAGGUUUCUGAAGACUUAAAGACCAUGGAAUUGUUUUCCCAACACGCCACGGGAUUUGGAUCGGAUAGUAAGGACAGCCAAAUCAGCAUUUCUGAAGCAUUGAAUUUGAAGACCCCUACGAAACCGUCAUCUUCUCAGCUAAUGCUUUUGUACAAUGGAGCACUAAAUGUCUACAGCAACGUUUCUUCUGAUAAAGCACAGGCUAUAAUGACCAUGGCAGCCGGUAACGGGAAUAGUGCAAACAUAUCAAAUUGUGUAGCUUUUUCAAAGAGAUUACGAGAAAGUGUUUCCAAUUCAGAAGGAUCUGCAAAUCAAAGACACCAUCUUGGCAUAGCGCAUUGGAAACUUCGAAUAGCGAAGAGAAAAUCCCUUGGACGCUUUCUCCAGAAACGGACGGCCAGGUAGAGAACUUCUUGGUUGAUAUGCGAUGGGGAUUGAAAGAGAGAAAGAGAAGAAUUUGUUCAGUAAAUUCGAUGAGAUUGUUCGGUGUUUGCGCGGAUUUUAAGAGAUAAUUUCCCUGUGAGAGCUCAUUAAAUGGAGGCUGCACAAUCGGACGAGAGAGUCGUACGUCGUGAAUGAUUGCUACAGCUUUUGAGUGAAGCAGUUCAAGCACCGUCCCACAUUUGUCGGCGAAUUGUAGCUCAUAUUGUAUUUGAAACAUCAAAUUUUGAUAUGUGUUGUUUUUGACCGUGAUUAGUUAUCAACUAAUCAAGAAUUUUCCUCAACCACGUUAUUUGACUGGUUAACUAAGGUUACAUUGAUUUUUUUUAAUCAAUUAUAUGAUAUUGCAAAUGCGACAAUUAUUUUCAAUAAUUGUAUUUGGCUA